AUGGACCAUGAAUGGAAUACCACUGAGAUCCCAUCUAGGAAUCUAAGCAAUUCAGAGAAUUACUCUACUUUCCACCAGCAAAAAGGAAACCAGUCAACUACUACAGAAUUUAUCCUUCUGGGAUUUGGCAAUUUUCUUGAACUGCGAAUAGUCCUCUUCAUAUUAUUUCUUCCUGUUUAUACUUUGUCCCUUGCUGGAAAUCUCCUAAUUGUUUCACUGGUUGUGAUUGACCAGCAUCUUCAGGCCCCCAUGUAUUUUUUUCUUGUUAAUUUGUCUUGUUUGGAGACCUGUUACAUUUCAACCAUUCUGCCCAGGAUGCUAGCUAGUUUUAUAACUGGAGAUCAAUCCAUAUCAGUCUAUGGAUGCAUUAUACAAUACUAUUUCUUUGGAUUUUUUGCAGCCACUGAAUGUUACCUUUUAGCAAUGAUGUCUUAUGAUCGAUAUAUAGCAAUAUGCAAACCACUACAUUACAAUAUUCUCAUGAAUGGUAGGCUCUGCUUCCAACUGGCCUUUAUAUCUUGGAUGAGUGGCCUUUUGACCAACACUAUCAUAACUGCUUUUCUGCUGGAACUUACCUUCUGUGGUCCCAAUGAAGUUGAUCAUUUUUUUUGUGAUAUAUAUCCAGUAGCAAACAUUUCAUGCAGCAAUACACAUUUAGUAAAGCUUGCUACAUUUAUUUUAGGCAUUAUGGGAACAGGUCCACCCUUUCUCAUAACAGUGGCCUCAUAUAUCUGUAUUCUUCAUAAUGUCUUACAAAUUAAUUCUAAAAAAGCCCAACAGAAAGCCUUUUCCACAUGUUCAUCCCAUCUGAUUGUAGUGACACUUUUCUAUGGGUCAAUAUUUCUUGUCUAUAUAGUCCCAGAGAUUGAAACACUAAAACAGCUGCACAAAAUCUUUUCUAUAUUCUAUACUGUCCUGACUCCUAUGCUCAACCCCCUUAUCUACAGCUUGAGAAACAGAGAGGUGAAGGAAGCUCUUUUCAAAGUAAUCAGAAAACAUAGCAACAAAAUUUCAUAA